GUAUGUAGGUUAGACUCCCCCUGGGCCUCUCUCUGUAGGGGCUGAUGACGCCAGGCAGGCAGAGCAGAGCAGAGGAGAGGAGAGCACAGCGGAGUGGGUCACUUACUAAUAACUAACUGCAGAUAGAUAUUCUCAGGCCAUCUCCUUUUCGCUCUCUCUCUGUGCUGUUUAGCUGCAGGCAAGCUURUCCUCUUCUCUGUCUGUUUUCAGUGUUAUUGGAUACUAGCCUAGAGGCUGACUAGUGGUUAGGAAAACAGUCUAGGGGAUCUGGUGCGGGUGGCAUCCGGAGGGAAGGGGCGUCGGUCUGGACUAGGACGUGGAUGGCGUGGGCGGUUGGCUAUCGGAGUUGCUAGUGGAGCAUUACCUCGGCGAGACUGUCUGUGCUGUCCACUCAGCGGGAGGGCAGUUUUACACUCUCUAUAAUACACACAAACAAACUCUCGCUCUCACUUUGUAUUUUGCUCUCUCUCUGGUUCAUUCGUUCUCUCCCACUGUUUUCUUAUUGUUUCUCUCGGGGAGACGGCUGGGCUGGUCUUUUCCGAGAGUGAAGUCAGUGAUUUAGUUCAGAGCACAGGGCCUCCUGCGCUGUGAGACACUCACGCUAAGCCUUAAACACUGGGGAUAUCCUUUUAUGGUACUUUUGCAACGGGACACUUGUGAGGAGGUGAGCAGACAUGGCUUCACGGUCAUCGUUGACAUGCGAGGCUCUAAGUGGGACAGCAUCAAGCCUCUGCUGAAGAUCCUGCAGGAGUCCUUCCCUUCCUGCAUCCACGUCGCCCUCAUCAUCAAACCAGACAACUUCUGGCAGAAACAGAGGACCAAUUUCGGGAGCUCCAAGUUUGAAUUUGAGACGGUCAUGGUGUCUCUCGAGGGCCUGACCAAGGUGGUGGACCCCUCCCAGCUGACGUCAGAUUUUGAGGGCAGCCUGGAGUACGAGCACGACGAGUGGAUCGAGGUGCGCGUGGCCUUCGAAGACUUCGCCGGCGAUGCCGCCCGGGCUUUGGCGCGGCUGGAGGAGCUGCAGGAGACCCUGUCGCAGCGUGACCUUCCGCGCGACCUGGAGUGUGCACGGCGCCUCAUGGAGGAACACGCCUCACUCAAGAAGAGGGCCACCAAGGCCUCGGUGGAGGAGUUGGACACACAGGGACGCAGGCUGCUCCAGAGGCUUCAGCAGGGUAGUGUCACCCCUGGAGGCUACACUAACCACGGCGGCGGGGGAACGGAUGCUAACGAUGGGCUCACAGGCCACCCAGAUGCCCACAACCUGGUGCCAAAAGUGAGUGCCCUGCUGGACAAGCUGCAUGGCACACGCCAGCACCUGCAGCAGCUGUGGCACAUGCGCAAGCUGAAACUGGACCAGUGCUUCCAGCUGCGGCUGUUUGAGCAGGAUGCAGAGAAGAUGUUUGACUGGAUCGUGCACAACAAGGGCCUGUUCCUGACCAGCUACACAGAGAUAGGAGGGAACCACCAGCAUGCCGGGGAGCUGCAGACCCAGCACAACCACUUUGCCAUGAACUGUAUGAAUGUCUAUGUAAAUAUCAACCGCAUCAUGUCUGUGGGGAACCGGCUGUUGGAGUCUGGUCACUACGCGUCGCAGCAGAUCCAGCAGAUCUCAGGUCAGUUGGAGCAGGAGUGGAAGGCCUUCGCUGCUGCCCUGGACGAACGCUCCACCCUACUGGAGAUGUCUGCUGCCUUCCACCUGAAGGUGGACCAGGUGAGGAGGAAGCACACACACAUUAACACACACACACAACAACACUCGCACACACACAUUGGGAUUUUCCAGAUUGAACAGAAAAGGAACACCUAUACUAACGCUGACAAGCUGCUGAGGCAGCAGAGCAGCUGGCCCAGACAGGAGAAUGCAGCCCACCAGCUAGAGGACCGCAUCCAGGACUUUGUACGUCGCGUGGAGCAACGUAAGGUCCUCCUGGACAUGUCUGUGGCCUUCCAUACUCACGUCAAAGAGCUGUGGACGUGGUUGGAGGAGCUGCAGAAGGAGCUGCUGGACGAUGUGUAUGCUGAGUCUGUGGAGGCGGUGCAGGACCUGAUCAAACGRUUCGGCCAGCAGCAACAGACCACCCUGCAGGCCACUGUCAACGUCAUCAAGGAGGGAGAGGACCUCAUCCAGCAGCUCAGGGACUCUGCUAUCUCCAGUAACAAGACUCCCCACAACAGCUCCAUGGCCCACAURCAGAGUGUCCUACAGCAGCUGGACGAGGCCCAGGCUCAGAUGGAAGACCUGUUUCAGGAGAGGAAGAUCAAACUGGAACUCUUCCUGCAGCUACGCAUCUUCGAGAGGGACGCCAUCGACAUCAUCUCAGACCUGGAGUCGUGGAAUGAGGAGCUGUCCCAGCAGAUGGGUGAGUUUGAUACAGAGGACCUGACGUUGGCAGAGCAGAGGCUCCAGCACCAUGCUGACAAGGCCCUCACCAUGAACAACCUGACCUUCGACGUCAUCCAUCAGGGACAGGAGCUGCUGCAGUACGUUACAGAGGUCCAGGCCAGCGGUGUGGAGUUGCUGUGUGACAGGGAUGUGGACAUGGCUACUCGUGUUCAGGACCUGCUGGAGUUCCUCCAUGAGAAGCAGCAGGAGCUGGACGUGGCGGCCGAGCAGCACAGGAGGCAUCUGGAACAGUGUGCGCUACGCCACCUUCAGGCCGAGGUCAAACAGGUGCUGGGUUGGAUCCGUAAUGGAGAGUCCAUGCUGAAUGCAGGUCUGAUCACAGCCAGCUCUCUACAGGAGGCAGAACAGCUACAGAAGGAACACGAGCAAUUCCAACAUGCCAUAGAGAAAACCCACCAGAGUGCAUUGCAGGUGCAGCAGAAGGCCGAGGCCCUACUCCAAGCCAACCACUACGACAUGGACAUGAUCCGGGACUGUGCAGAGAAGGUGGCCGACCARUGGCAGCAGCURAUGCUCAAYAUGGAGGACCGGCUCAAACUGGUCAACGCCUCUGUAGCCUUCUACAAGACRUCCGAGCAGGUGUGCAGUGUGCUGGAGAGCCUGGAGCAGGAGUAUAAGCGUGAGGAGGACUGGUGUGGGGGAGCUGAUAAACUGGGCCCGAACAGUGAGUCAGACCAUGUCACACCCAUGAUCAGCAAACACCUGGAGCAGAAGGAGGCCUUCCUCAAGGCUUGUACACUAGCAAGGCGGAACGCUGACGUCUUCCUGAAGUACCUGCACAGAAACAGUGUCAACAUGCCAGGGAUGCUGUCUCACGUCAAGGCUCCUGAAACACAGGUCAAAAACAUCUUGAAUGAGCUGCUCCAGAGAGAGAACCGGGUGCUGCACUUCUGGACAAUGAGGAAGAGGAGACUGGACCAGUGUCAGCAGUAUGUGGUGUUUGAACGCAGCGCCAAGCAGGCUCUGGAGUGGAUCCACGACACGGGAGAGUUCUACCUGUCGACCCACACCUCCACCGGAUCCAGUAUCCACCACACACAGGAGCUGCUGAAGGAGCACGAGGACUUCCAGAUCACAGCCAAGCAAACCAAAGAGAGGGUGAAACUGUUGAUCCAGCUGGCSGAUGGCUUUUGUGACAAAGGGCACGCCCAUGCGCUGGAGAUAAAGAAAUGGGUCACCUCUGUGGACAAGCGCUACAGAGACUUCUCCCUCCGCAUGGACAAGUACCGGUCCUGUCUGGAGAAAGCACUGGGCAUCGUAUCCUCUGACUCCAACAAGGCCAGUAAAGGGCUGCAGCUGGACAUCAUCCCCGCCAGCGUCCCAGGGUCAGAGGUCAAGCUGAGGGAUGCUGCCCACGAACUCAAUGAGGAGAAGAGGAAGUCUGCCAGGAGGAAAGAGUUCAUAAUGGCAGAGCUCAUUCAGACAGAGAAGGCCUACGUCAGAGACCUGCGGGAGUGUACAGAUACCUACCUGUGGGAGAUGACCAGCGGUGUUGAGGAGAUCCCUCCAGGCAUCGUCAACAAAGAGCACAUCAUCUUUGGCAACAUGCUGGACCUCUACGAGUUCCACCACAACAUCUUCUUGAAGGAGUUGGAGAAAUACGAACAGCUACCUGAGGACGUGGGUCACUGCUUUGUCACCUGGGCAGAUAAGUUCCAGAUGUAUGUGAACUACUGCAAGAACAAACCAGACUCUACCCAGCUCAUUCUGGAGCAUGCAGGGCCCUAUUUUGAUGAAAUUCAACAGAGGCACCGGCUGGCCAACUCCAUAUCCUCAUACCUCAUCAAGCCUGUCCAGAGAAUAACCAAGUAUCAGCUACUUCUCAAGGAGCUGCUGACCUGCUGUGAGGAGGGGAAGGGGGAGAUCAAGGAUGGUCUGGAGGUGAUGCUCAGUGUCCCCAAGAGAGCCAACGAUGCCAUGCACCUCAGCAUGAUGGACGGGUUCGAUGGGAAUAUUGACUCACAAGGAGAGCUGAUCCUGCAGGAGUCCUUCCAGGUGUGGGAUCCCAAGACUCUGAUCCGUAAGGGACGCGAGCGRCACCUCUUCCUAUUUGAGAUGUCCCUGGUCUUCAGCAAGGAGGUCAAGGACUCUAACGGACGCAACAAGUACCUCUACAAGAGCAAGCUCUUUACUUCAGAGCUGGGUGUCACAGAACACGUGGAGGGGGAUCCGUGUAAYUUUGCUCUCUGGGUUGGGAGGACCCCCAGCUCAGACAACAAGAUGGUGCUCAAGGCGUCCAGCAUAGAGAACAAGCAGGACUGGAUCAAACACAUCCGGGAGGUGAUCCAGGAGCGUACCAUCCACCUGAGAGGAGCCCUGAAGGAGCCUAUUCACAUCCCCAAGGCCACCACAGUCAAACACAAGGGCAGAAGUCAUGGAGAUGACCUGGACAGCCAGGGUGAUGCCAGCAGUCAGCCAGACACCAUCUCUAUCGCCUCCCGUACCUCUCAGAACACARUGGACAGCGAUAAGCUCUCUGGUGGCUGUGAGCUGACCGUGGUCAUCAUGAUUUAUAACGAUGCCAUCCAGCCUGGCGCCAGCCACACCCUGGCUUCCACAGCUCCCCGGGGCCCACAGCGACCGGGCAACACGCUGAGGAAGUGGCUGACCAGCCCAGUGAGGCGCCUGAAGCACGAAGGCCCGAACGGACGUCAAAAGCUGGCCCACAGAGCACAAGAAGAACGCUGCGACGGACGGAGCAAGAAACGCAAGAAUCCGUCGCGUCGUGCCCACAGAAGACCUACGCGAACGCAUAAGGAAACGCGGAACGAGACCGAUCGCAGAGGGGUCGAGUUGUGUCAGGUUAGAAGCUUGCUGUGUCGUUGUCCCUCUACAGAGGAUAUGAGAGAACGAGGGGCUGAGCAGGGACUCUGUCCAAAGUCCUCCUCCUCUGGGAUGCAGAGCUGUUGGGAGGAGGAGGAGAGAGGAGGGGCUGAUGCUGUGCCCCUGCCUCCCCCAAUGGCCAUCCAACAACACAGCCUGCUGCAGGCUGACUCUCAGGACGACAAGGCGGCCUCUCGUCUUUCGGGCCGACCCAGUAGUCAGAGACACCCAGUGCGGCUGAGCUGGUCAGUGGACCGAGGAGCUCGGUCAAGUACCUCUUCCUUCCUAGGAGACUACGAGAGAUGCCGAUGGAGGAUCCUGAUGGCUGGCUCCCCUGUUCAGUCUGAACCAAACACUCUGUCUGUGUCCAGUAACGAUGCCAUCCAGCCUGGCGCCAGCCACACCCUGGGCUUCCACAGCUCCCCGGGGCCCAAGCGACCGGGCAACACGCUGAGGAAGUGGCUGACCAGCCCAGUGAGGCGCCUGAGCAGCGGCAAGGCCGACGGYCACGUCAAGAAGCUGMCCCACAAGCACAAGAAGAACCGCGACGGACGSAGCAAGAACGCAGACUCCGRCGGCUCCCAGAAAGACUCGGACGACAACGCCGCCACGCCACAGGACGAGACCAUCGAGGAGAGGAUGAGGAACGAGGGGCUGAGCAGUGGGACUCUGUCCAAGUCCUCCUCCUCUGGGAUGCAGAGCUGUGGGGAGGAGGAGGGAGAGGAGGGGGCUGAUGCUGUGCCCCUGCCUCCCCCAAUGGCCAUCCAACAACACAGCCUGCUGCAGGCUGACUCUCAGGACGACAAGGUGAGACACAUACACUCACACACACUUAACAGGCGCCUCUCGUCUUUCGGCCGACCCAGUAGUUCAGAGACACCCAUGCGGCUUGAGCUGGUCAGUGCCAUCGAGGAGCUGGUCAAGAGUAAGAUGGACGACGCGUACACGAUGUACAUGGUUGACCUUCAGACACAAGCCCAAUCAGAGCACUCGUGUCUAGAAGCUCAAGCAGCGUCGGGCCCAGACUCCAGAUCACUGAUCUUCUCAUUAAGCCUGUGCAGCGCAUCAUUGAAAAAGCGGUGGAGUCAUGUGUGUUGUUGCCCAAAAGAUGGCAACGACAUGAUGAACGUUGGGCGUCUCCAAGGCUUCGACGGCAAGAUUGUGGCCCAAGGCAGACUACUGCUCCAGGAUACCUUCAUGGUAUCAGAUCAGGACGGGGGGCUACUCACAAGGAUGAAGGAGAGGAGGGUCUUCCUCUUUGAACAGAUCGUCAUCUUCAGCGAGCCCCUGGACAAGAAGAAAGGCUACUCCCAGCCGGGAUACCUCUUCAAGAACAGCGUCAAGGUGAGCUGGCUGGGCCUAGAGGAGAGCACAGACGACCCCUGUAAGUUCACCCUGACCUCCCGGUCAUCCAGUGGCGGUGUGGAGACCUACGUGAUGCACUCAGCCAAUCCUGGAGUCAGCCAGAUGUGGGUCCACCAGAUCACCCAGAUCCUGGAGAGCCAACGCAACUUUCUCAAUGCACUGACAUCCCCUAUCGAGUACCAGAGGAACCACGUGGGGGCAAGCGGAGCAGGCCUGGGGGCCCCCAGCAGUAGCAGUGGCCUGGCAGGAGGUGGCUGCAGCAGCUCUGUAGUGGGCCCUGGGAGUAACUCUCUGUGUGGCCCCCAGAGUCGCCGGCCCUCGCGCAUCCCCCAGCCCUCCUCCCGUAUCCCGCAGCCAGUCCACCACCACCACCCUCCGGGCUCUGAUGGCCCGGACAGAACAGCAGGUACGUGGUCCAGACAACCCCUCUCCACCUCCCCCUCCUCCCAGACCCCCUGCCCUCCUGACCAUGCAGAGGGGGACCUGGGGCCCCAAGAUGUCCCCAAGAUGCAAGUGCUGGAGGGUCCCCGGCCCCACAGCAGAACCAGCAGCAACAGCAAUGGCAAGUCCAUGGGCGUUUCUGAGGGCAGCUUCAAGGAGAGCUACCCUGGGGAGGACCCUCAGACUCCCAUCCCACGGCUGGCUGUGGCCCCUCUGAAUCUUGCCAAGCCUCGGGUAGGGACGGUCUCUCCACUGACCUGCCCCAUAAAGGAGGAAUUCAUCCCGGGCAGCCCAGCCCAGAAAGGCUCCUUUUUCUGGUCCGCCGCGGUCCCAGCCUCCCCAGCUAGCCGGCCUGGCUCCUUCUCCUACCACAGUGAUAGUGGAGACUCGACCCUGGGCCACAGGGAGAGCCACAGCCACCACCACUCCACCCACAGCAAGGAUAUAGACCGCAUGAGCACAUGCUCCUCCACCAGUGAGCAGUCCGUACAGUCCAUGCAGAGUAACGGGAGUGAAAGCAGUAGCAGCAGCAGCAUCAGCACCAUGCUGGUGACCCAGGACUACGUGGCCCUGAAGGAGGAUGAGAUCAGUGUUUCCCAGGGCGAGGUGGUCCAGAUGCUGGCCUCCAAUCAGCAGAACAUGUUUUUGGUGUUCCGGGCUGCCAUCGAGCAGGGCCCUGCCGCCGAGGGCUGGAUCCCCGGCUACGUACUGGGUCACACCUCCACCAUCAUCCCCGACCUCCCCGAAGGAACCAUCAAAAAGUCAUCCUCGUGGCACACAGCACUCCGCAUCAGGAGAAAGUCUGAGAAGAGAGAAAAGGAGACCAGGAAGGAAAAUAAGAUGGAAAACGGCUACCGCAAGUCUCAAGACUGUCUGACUAAUAAAGUUUCUGUAAAGCUUCUAAACCCCAACUACAUCUAUGAUGUACCCCCAGAGUUCCUGCUGCCUCUGAGUGAUGUGACCUGUAACCUGGGGGAGAGUGUCACUCUGAGGAGUAAGGUCUGUGGAAGACCCAAAGCCUCGGUCACCUGGAGAGGACCUGACCACAGCACUCUGAGCAACGACGGACACUACAGCAUCACCUACAGUGACACGGGCGAGGCAACUCUCCUCAUCAUGGGUGUGUCUGUGGAGGAUGACGGGGAGUACACCUGUGUUGCCACCAACGUAGUGGGCAGCGUGUCAUCCUCCGCCAGCCUCAGAGUCUCAGAGGCCUCCGACGAUGGGAGUGAAGUGAUUUGGAAGAACAACUUUGAGUCCUUCUACACAGAGGUCACAGAACUGGGCAGGGGAAGGUUCUCAGUGGCUAAGCGCUGUGACCAGCGUGGGAGCAAGCGUGCCGUAGCAGCCAAACAUGUCAACAAGCGGUUGAUGCGGCGUGAGCAGGUGCUCCAGGAACUGAGGAUACUACAGUGUCUGGAACACCCACACCUUGUCGGCCUGCUGGACACCUUCGAGACAGCCACCAGCUACGUGCUAGUGCUGGAGAUGGCUGAUCAAGGCCGUCUCCUGGACUACAUAGUCAGCUGGGGUAACCUCACUGAAGAGAAGGUGGCCUUGUACCUUAGGGACAUUCUUGAAGCUUUACACUACCUGCAUAGCUGGAGGAUAGCUCACUUGGACUUGAAGCCUGAGAACGUGUUAGUGGAGCAGAACUCUGCCCAGCCUGUGGUCAAGCUGACAGACUUCGGAGACGCCGUCCAGCUGAACAGCGGCCACUACAUCCACCCUCUACUGGGCAGUCCAGAGUUCUCAGCCCCAGAGCUGGUGCUGGGCCAGCCCGUAUCCUUAACCUCUGACCUCUGGAGCCUGGGGGUUGUGACAUACGUGGUACUGAGUGGGGCAUCUCCCUUCCUGGAUGAGAGCGCUGAGGAGACAUGCCUGAACAUCUGUCGUCUGGACUUCAGCUUCCCCCAUGACUACUUCCAGGGUGUGAGCCAGGCGGCCAGGGACUUUGUGGGUCUCCUCCUACAGGGCGAGCCGGACCGGAGACCUUCGGCCGCCGCAUGCCUUCAGGAGCCCUGGCUGCAGCCGUGGGACUCCCACCAGCAACAAAAUCAGCACCCAGGGUGCAUCGACACCUCCAGACUCAUCUCCUUCAUCGAGCGGCGGAAACACCAGAACGACGUUAGGCCCGUGGGCAGCAUCAAGACCUUCCUUCACAGCAGACUCCUCAACCAGAUAUGAGCAGGUUAGAGAACUACAGUACCCAGAAACAACCGAGUCACAAUGAUGAUCUCAUCCUUUCUCAGCCGACUACGCCACUUCCUUAGAACUAUGUUACCCAGCAUCCUGCUGCUGCUGACUGCUUUGAAUAUUUUUGACUGAGAUUUUUCCCCCCAAGAGAUUUAAAUACUUCCCUUCCAUCCCCACCUUUGUAUGGAUGAUGGCUAUAUGCCUGCACAAAAGUAUGAACUAUUUGAAAGUAUUUCAAACUUCACUAACAGGGAGAACAAAGCUUUCUCGAGAGCCAGUGAGAGUAAGCCUUGUGUUUGGAUAGUAUUACAAACCGAUACUGUAAUAUCGGGUUACUUUUGGUUGAAUAUAAUAAAAUUGUUUUUGUAAUGAGAGAUUACUUUUUGUAAAGAAAAUGUAUAGUUAAGAAACAAAGAAAUGUCUUUAUUCAUAUACCUUUUCAAAAACAAAGGUUAUUAAUAAAAAGAAUGAAAACAAAAAUGAAUGUGACAUAUGAACAAAGCACCACCGACCCACCACAGGGUCGUUGCUUCAGAACACUACUUCUAGAUGUGACAUAUGAACAAAGCACCACCGACCCACCACAGGGUCGUUGCUUCAGAACACUACUUCUAGAACCAGUUGGAGACCAAACUCAUUGUAGUUGUAGUUGAUUAACUUACAAUAAAUCAGCAAAUGGUUUGUUCUGGCCUUGCUAUUGUAUGGACCUGUAACAGUUAGUACAAUUAUGCUAUUUUAGUCAGACCUCAGCAGAGAAAUAAACAAGCAAACAAACAACAAAAAGCUAUAACACUAUUGGAAAAGCUCUUUAGAUUUCUGAUACAUCCGCCUUACUUUGUAAAUAAUGUGUUCCUGCCUUCAUUCUCAUUUUGAAGAAUUUGUCUCAAACGCUGUUUCAUUAGCUGAGUAGUAAGUCCUGCCAAUGGAAGAGAGGUUUGAGGGAGACUAGCUCCUCCUCAUGCCAAUCAAAUGACAUAAACCCUCACUACCAGAAAUACUUCUAUAAAUGCACUCGUAUUUUGCGUUAAUUUCUCAUGUGCAAUGUUGCAGCUUUAACAUGUAUGCAACUAUUUAUGAAGACUUGUGUUGUACCCGUAAUCUAAAAAGGCAUGUACGUACCUGGUACUGCAGUAGAUGUGUGUAUUGUGUUACUCUUUUCCGUAUUAAGUUCAGUAUUAAUAUCUUGGAAACCUAAAAUGCAGGUUUCGCAAAUAAUGUAAAAUAAGAAAAAAGAUUUGUAUCUAUAUUGGCACUUAUGCUUUCAGUUUGUCAUUGUUUUUGUUUUAUUUUCUGUAACUAUACCAAAGUUAACUGUACUUUACCCUCUUUAAAUGUCUUAUAUAAUGUACCAUGUUAAGUUAUGAAAACCAUGCUGAACCUAGAGAUAGAUGUUUACAUUGGUUCACAGUGGCUUUAUUUAUUAGCGUUGUAAGAACGUUGUUUAGUGGUUGGUUGUUACUGCAUACCUAAUUAACAUUUCAAACACUUCUCUUCUCAAGCUGUGCACAAAGUGGUGAUUGCUGUGUAAGUUUGUUAGACUUUUUAAGUUAUGUAUUUCACUAGACAUUGUGUUGCAAUGAUCAACAUCUUGGUUUAACUGAAACUUGGGGUAGCAUUCUUUGCCGAGCCUUUGGUUUGAAGAAGAAAAAAAACUGCCCACAACAUUGUACCAACGUUACAAUAAUUGUGCAUGGGCGUUGCGGCGCUAUUACCCUAACCUAUAUCUGAGAGUGACCAUGACCUAGCUGUUUUCAGUAAAUUAAUCAUUGUAUGAGUUCAAACUGAUUUUAAUGUGCCAGUCAAUUGAUCUGGAGAGGUGGACGAAACAGCUGUAUUUCCUUUUAAGCUUGAAAAGGUUAUCAAAGUUUCAUAUCUAUGUCAAGGCAGUAGUCACAGUGAUACAAUGAAUGUGUUUGUUAACCUGUACAGUCCCAUUUUGUGUCCUUUUAUUUAUUCAUGUGUAAAGCUGUACAGACAUGGACGACGAACAUGGGAACCUGGAUGUAACCUCAUCAUAUUUGAUACAUACUARGUUUUUUUGAAUGUUAAAUUACUUAUUUUUACUUUUGCAUGUAUAUUUCUUUGUACAGAAAUUAAGUUUACACAUUACUUGCUGUAAAUAUUUGAUUUAGUCCUCAGUUAUUUUGCCAUUAAACGUAUGGAACAUA